CAGGCCACCAACCCGUGCAGGACAUCGAGAUCCGCGUGGGCGACUCCACCAACAUCCAGAGGAACCGCCUGUGCGCUUGGUUCCCCGGCACCAUCGAGGAAGGAAGCACCAAGGAAUUCAGCUGCGCCCGCCCCAUGGUCGGCAGAUACGUCUUUGUGCAGAUGGUGGGCGUGGAAGGGUCCAUGUCUCUGUGCGAGGUGGAGGUGUACUCGAAGCAAGAAUUCUCUAAGGAGAAAUGCACAGACAAGGCUGACCUCUCCACUCUCGGCAUCUUUAACCAAACAUGUUACGAGUUUCAAAUCACGGAGGGCGGCACGUUCGCGCGAGGUCGCGAGUACUGCCAAGCGAGGGGCGGUGACCUCGUCCACGGCAUAGGCUUGGUCACGCACUCCUUCCUGGUGUCGGAAAUGGAGAGGGUCAAGGACAAGACGAAGACGCAGCUGAUUUGGAUCGGGGCGCAGAAGGAGCCGACGUUUAUCUCACGUACUUGGAGGUGGAUUGAUGACGAGAUCGUGGAGAAGCCCAGCUGGGGGCGCGACCAGCCCAACAACUACAACGGCCAGCAGAACUGCGCGGUGCUGGACGGAGGCCGGGAGUGGCUCUGGAACGACGUCGGCUGCGAACUCAAUUAUCUGCAUUGGAUCUGCCAGUACCAACCGACGUCCUGUGGCUCGCCGGACCGGAACGAGAACACGACCGUCACUACCACCGAGACGACCACAGAUACCACCAUUACCUACGCGUGCCCGGUUGGUAACAUGGUAGUGGGCAACAUGAACCGGACGUGUCUCAAGUCGGGCUUCUGGAGUGGGUCCGCCCCGACGUGCAAGUACGUUGACUGCGGGAGCCCCAAGGAAAUCGAGGACGGUACUAUGGUCCUGGUCGACGGCCGCACCACACACGGCGCUAAAGUGCUUUAUGAGUGUACCACAAACUACACUGUUGUAGGGGAAGAUACGGCUGUCUGCUCGGAUGACGGCACUUGGUCUCCCGAAGCUCCGAAGUGCCUCUACUCGUGGUGCCCGGAGAUAACAGCGCCUGCGCACGGUCAGCUGGUCCUGAGCGGCCGCCGGUCAGGGGACACGGCCGCCUUCACCUGCGAUCCGGGCUACAACCUUCAGGGAGUCAAGACGAUCUCCUGCGAGCUGGGAGGAACGUGGUCGGGAGAGGCACCUUCCUGUAGGUUCAUCGACUGUGGCGUUCCCGAGGACCUGAGAGAUGGCGAGAUGACCUUAGUCAACGGGACGACCUUCCUGAACUCCGUGGCGACGUACGAAUGCGAAAACGACUUCUGGCUCGACGGGGAGACCGAGAGAGUCUGUCUCGAGGACGGCCAUUGGAGUGGCGUCGCCCCUAUGUGCUUGCUCAUCGGCUGCAACGAACCGGAAGUGCCCCACGGAGGCUACGUCACCGGGUACAGCUUCGACGUGCACUCCGAGGUGGAGUACCACUGCGAGACGGGGCAUUUCCUCACGGGCGACACCGUCCGGGUUUGCUUGCGGAGCGGCGAGUGGAGCGGCGCGGCCCCGUCCUGCACGUACGUCGAUUGCGGUCGAGUGCCUCCUAUGACUCGAGGUGAAGUGUUCUACCUGAACGAGUCGACCUACCUGGGCAGUCAGCUGACCUACACCUGCAACCAGAACUACAAGCUGAUUGGGGACGGCCACAGAGUGUGCGAGAAGGACUCGCGGUGGAGCGGAGAGGCGCCCAAGUGUGAGGAGAUCCGGUGCAGCGAGCCUGAGCAUCCGGCCCUCACUCGCCACACCAUCACAGGGAAUGACCGCCGGAUGUCCUCGACGGUGGCGCGCCGGAGGGACCCUCAGCCAGCCGCCCCGUAUACGUACAGAGUCGGCAGCGUGGUGACCUACCGGUGCGAGCGAGGGUAUGUGGUCGAGGGCGGGAGUAUGAGGACGUGCUCCCUCAGUGGGAAUUGGACCAACGAAGCCCCGACUUGUAAAUACGUGGAUUGCGGCCUGCCUGAGAACAUCGAACACGGUACUUGGCGCCUCCUGAGCAAUGAGACCUUCUACACAGCCCAGGUGGCCUACGAGUGCCCUGAGAACUGGAAGCUGGACGGUCGCCUUCGUCGCUUCUGCCAGGAGAAUGGGACGUGGGCGGGAGAGACGCCUAAGUGCAUCGAGGUGCUGUGCUCACCCUUAGCCAAGGACCUGACGGAGGCCCUGAGUGUGGAGGAGGGCGAUCGUAAGGUGGGCUCGACCGCCACCUACUCGUGCGAGGUGGGCCGGACGCUGGUGGGCGAGGCGACGAGGGAGUGCCGCCAGCAUGGAGUCUGGUCUGGCACUCAGCCGCGGUGUGAAUGGGUGUCCUGUACGAUGCCGGAAGACAUAGAAAAUGGGCGUAUUGUGCGUCUGAAUGAAACGCUGUUGUAUGGUUCCGUUGUGGAGUACCAUUGCCUACCCAAGUACCGUCUCGAUGGUCUUUUCAUGCGGACCUGUACCACAAAGGGUUCAUGGUCCGGAGAUGUACCUAGAUGUCUCUUGGACACCGAAGACUACGGCGUCCUGGGAGACAACACAGUGGACGGGACGACGAACUCCGCGAGGGGGACGUCUCCAGGGAGUCUCGAGGAAGCUUCGAACACCGGUCUGUACGUCGGUCUCGCCUUCGGUCUCAUCGGCGUGGUCGUCGUGGCUGUUCUCUUCAUCUUUUUGAGAACCAGGCGCCAGCAGAAGGCGGCGAAGCAAGACCCUCCUGCGCACAUGAAGCCGAAGGAUGACCCUAACGCCGAAGCGAUGCGCUACGCCAACCUCAGCGAUCCUACGACAGGCAACAACAUCUACGAAAACAUCCCCGACGACAUCGAGGAAUACACCGACAUGUCCGGGCCCUACACAGCCCCCACGGGAGUCACCAACCACACGUACGCGAACGGCCACCAACCCACCUACACGAACGGCAUGAUGGCUUCCACGGCCCGCCCGCCCGCCCACAUCCUGUCCCGCCCUCGCAUGCCUCCCCCACAGCCGCCCACAGUCCCGCCCACAGCUAGACCGGGUGCAGCUCGCCAGCCCUCCGUGGUCACGAUUAACGGCGUGACGGUAGCUAGUAACGGGACAUAAACGCGCGACCCUCCCUUGUUUCGGACGCUGUUUUAUAGGGUUGGAUUCAAUGUGUAGAAUGUCUGAAUUGGGUUUAGUACUUAUUCGGUUUAUAUGAAUAUCUUUUUCAUUUAUUUUAUUUUUCAUACAUGUUACUGUCAUUCUUUUAUUAUUUUUUUGUACUUGUUAUUUUGAGCUUGACCUUAAUAGGAAAAAAAUAUUAAACAAUGUUUCACAUGUAUUCAUAAAGAGUAUUUUAUAUGGGGAGUGGAAGUAAGUUUUUUUUUAUUAUCUUUUAAGAGGUAGAUGUUCCUUAUUAGGUAUUACUUUAUUAAAAUCUAAUAUUACAAUACAAGACUAGAAUUUUAUCAGAAGGGAACAUAAAACCAUAGUACUUAUGAAUUUAAACCAAUGCCCUAAUUGUAUAACCCUUUUUAACAUGACUUACAAACCUAGAGAAAUUCAGCCAUCUUCUUUUACAACUCUUAUACAGUCUUGAAUGAAUGUGUAUAUAAAGUAUUUUUAUAUAAAUACACUACUUUGUGUAAGAGGGAUUGGUACAUAUAAAUUUACGAUCAUAAAGUUGUCUCGAAUGGUGUAUCAUCAUACACAAAUUUCGAUGUAUAGGAUCUAGGAACGCGUUUGUAUGUGUACAUAUAUGUAUAAAUAGUUAAGAGUUAAUGUAUCGGUUGGUUGCAUAAACAAGAAGAUGAAAUAAUAACUAUACUAGUUCUAGAAGCAUCCAAGAUGAAUUUAACUUCAUAUCUCCGGUGAUAGUGUAAUAUUUGGAGAUGAAAUCCACUUGAAAUGAUAAAAAAAAAAAAAAUUGUAUCAGAUAACAUAGCAUACACGAUCACUAUCUAAAAUGGAUUCACAUUUUUUGUGUUGGGCAGAUAUGCUUUUCUUUUUUUUGUAUGCUGUAUCCUUCACAGUUGAUUACAUAUUUUUCAUUUUCUUUUUGAGCUUGUGUAUCGUUAUGAAUGGUACAUAUUUUUUUUUUUUUUUAUGUGAAAACCCAAAACAUUUAAUAAAAACAUUGCACAUGUUUGUUAUAAAACAUGUGAUUGAUAUAUCCGUGUAUAUACUUAAUAUAUACACAUAUAGGUUUUAAGAAGGCGGUUUUCUAAUUCUCUUUUUCCUGUUUCUUUUUUACUUCAAGGCAUAAUAUGCAGGGCGAAAAUACAAGCAUUCCUUGAACGGAGAGGGCUGCUUUGUGUAAUUGUUGCUCGUGGAAAUUGUUGAUGUAUAAUGUUGGAGUAAUAGUGAUUUGACGGUGUAGGCCUUAGAGAUAUUGAAAAGAAUAUCAUUUGAAUUUUGUUUACAUCCAGGUAAAAAAAAUCACGGCAUGGUACUUUUCCUUAAUUAGCAGAACGCAUGAGUUCAGAAUAUUGGAGGAGUUCAAGCAUAUAUUUUUUUUCCGUUUAGAAAAAAAUAUAUAAAUAAAAUAUUGAAUGUUUGUACGAAAUAUCCGUUACCCUCCAAGGAAAUUAAAUAAGUUUUCCCUUUCCUUCUUCGUUUUCUGUGAGGAAUGCUUGAAUUUUCACCCAUAGUUAAUUAAUGAUUUUUUACACAAAUCUGACAUACAACAUUGAAAUUCAUCAGCCCAGAACAACCCCACCCGACGUGUCUUUGUUUACUGAAUGAUAGACGAGGCUUUCCUGUCCAUAAAUGCAUUAGUGGGUACAUUGUCUUUCAUCUUUAUUACUCUCAUUUGAAUUAUUAUGUUUAUUAUUCCAGUUAUUUGAUUUUUUGUUUUUUUGUUUUUGUUUUUUGUUUUUUUGAUCGAGUGGAUUGCUUAAUAUUAAUCAUGUUGAAGUGACAGUUAGGCUCACAGCAACACUUACACACAGCCUUAUUACCACAGGCUUACGAACACUGUAAUGUUGCUUUACUAAUACUAUGUCAGUGAUUGUAAUAGACAUGGAUUAUAUUAUAUAUAUAUAUAUAUAUAGGUUUAUGUAGUCCCGUCCGAUAACCCACGCAGUCUAGUCUCGUAGACUUACAUAGUUAUUUAAGAGGUUUUAUGGGGUUCCGUUGGUCACUGAAAAUGUGGGCAUGUUUUUGUGGUGUUGAAAAUCCCAGUGAGUUUGGUCGUUUGAUUGGUUCAGUGUUUUUCCUCGUGACUACCUUACUUUUACUAGCAUUUUCCGGUACUGUCUUCUGUAUGUGUAAUUAACUUUCUAAAAAUCUUUUUGCUUAUCUACUGUCGAUUAAUUUCAUGUAUUAUUGGUACUGUAAUGGCCAUUUUAGUACAGUUACUAUCACUGUUGCUUGUACUAUUAUUAUUCAGCUAAAACAACUACUUUUACGGUUAAUGUUUUAGUACUGCUCAUUUUGCUAUUAUUAUUAUCAUUCUCGCUAAUUCUUCUAAUUAUUUACCAGAUCAAUAUUGCUAUCUUUAUUUUAUUUUAUUAUCAUCUACAUCCAUACUUUAUAAUUCUCAUAAUAUUCUGACGCUCUUGUGUGUUAUAACCGACUGUUAUAUCCUUAAUAUAACCGAUCUAGCCACUUUUUUUUUAUUCAUAAAACCUGCUAACAUCAAAUUUCAUAUUAUUAUUUUUUUUUGUUUUUUUUUUUUUUGUUUACCCUGACAGAAUCCUACCCUUCCAUUCUUAUUAACAAAAGAAAUUGAUAUAUUAAACCACUCUAGAACGGCAUUUUGAUUUAUGUCUGUGUGUAUGUGGCGGGAUGCUCCUAUUGGUCCGCUGAGGUCACGUGAUUAGGAUAGGUUGAACUUGGGAACCGCCGUACUGUGUCGUGAUUGGUCUAUUUUACCCGCGUUGAUUGUUGUAAUAUUUGUAAAUACGAAUUGCUAUAUUGUACAAUAAAUUAUCCAUCUGAAUAUGA